AUGUGUUGUUGUGUCUAUCUUUACUUCUUCUUUUUUCUUUUUUCUUUAUUUUUGAUUUAUUUGUUUUAUGUUUUACAUAUUACGUAUCGUUCCAUUUUCUUUAUUUAUGGAUCUUUAAGUUUCUUUCAUUUUUUUUUCUCUUUUCAUUCAUUAUUUCUUUCUUUCUUUCUUUCAGUUUUAUAUUUUUCCGUUACUUUUAUUCAAUUAUGUUUCUUAUUCAGUCAAUUUUCGGUAUUUCUUUCCUUUUACCUUUUUUUAAUUGCCCACUGCUUUUCUUUCUUUCUUUCUUUUUUUCUUUCUUUCUUUCUUUCAGUUUUAUCAUUCAAUCAGUCUUUUAUUAUUGUUCUUAUUUCAAUAUAUUUUUCAAAGUUUCUUUCUUUUCCACUUUAUUUCUUUUUUCGCACCUCUUCUUCUUCUUUCUUUCUUUCUUUCAGUUUUAUCAUUAAAUCUUUUAUUUUUUAUUUCACUAUAUUUUUCAACGUUUCUUUCUUUUCACUUUAUUUUUUGUCCACCUCUUGUUCUUUCUUUCUUUCUUUCUUUCUUUCUUUCUUUCUUUCUUUCUUUCUUUUCUUUUUUUUUUUCUCCCGUCCCAGAUGGCUCUAUAAAUUUCGAUAUAUUUUUAGACUCUUUCAAGAAGAGAUUUGUUCGGGGAAUUCUCUUGUUUCAAUUCACAAUCUAAUUAGACUACUUUCAUCAUCGACGCUUAAUAAAUAA